AUGCUUGUGCGUGCUAUUAUAGCUGUAAAACAUCACGCUACGAUCAAAUGGAGCCGAGCAGCGGAUGGUCAAGUCUUCGAUUUUAUAAUAGUAGGAGGCGGGUCAGCUGGUUGCGUUCUUGCUAACAGAUUAACAGAGAUAAGUGGCUGGAAUGUUCUUCUGAUAGAAGCAGGAGGAAAUCCACCACCGACGGCUAAGCACCCAGGCUUCUUCCUAUUCGUCGACUACUCUGACGCCGAUUGGAACUAUUAUACUGUCAACGAUGGUUAUUCUAGUCAAGGACUUCAGAAGAAAAGCGUUCAUCUUACGAGAGGCAAGAUGCUUGGUGGGUCAAGUGGAGCCAACUAUAUGUUCUACGUUCGAGGCAAUAAGCAUGACUAUGAAGAUUGGGUUGCACAGGGCAAUGAAGGGUGGGACUGGGACACAGUCAUGUACUAUUUCAAAAAAAGUGAACGACUCCACGACAAUGAUAUCAUGCAAACGACAAACAGAUAUUUUCACAAUACUAGAGGACAAUUAGGGGUAACCAGACCAUUAUGGGCGAAGAGAACGGAAAAGUACCUGCGAGCCUUCCAACAAAAUGGUCACAAUAUUAUCCAAGAUUGCAAUACUGAUGAACAAUUAGGAUACGUUAUGCCACCGUAUACAAUCGACAACAAUGUACGACAACAUACCGCCACGGCAUUUAUCGAGCCAAUCAAACAUCGAAAAAAUCUAUUUGUUUUAAGAAAUACUUUAGCUAGAAAAGUAAUGUUCAAUCGUUAUAGGAAAGCUGUCGGAGUAGAAGUUAAAUUACCAAAUAAUAGAAUUAUAACUUUAUUAGCUAGACGAGAAAUUAUUUUGUCAGCUGGAGCCAUUAACAGUCCACAACUUUUGAUGUUGUCGGGUAUAGGACCAAGUGAUCAUUUACAAAAAUUUGGAAUUGAAUUAUUACAUGAUUCGCCAGGUGUUGGAAGCCACCUGGAAGAUCAUCCUGUAGUCCUUGUCCCUAUUGCCGCGGAAAAGGAGCCCUCGUCUGUUAUAGAUAAUAUAGAUCUAAUUACAAAUCUGGAUAAAUUCCCCACGCCUUGCAUUAUGGGUCACGUAGCUCUCAACAAGUCACAGUCCUACCCAGACUACCAAACUUCAAUAUUUCCUUUACCGGCCUACUCUCCGAUUACGUCAUUAAUUUGCUCGUAUGUUUAUCGGUUAGAUGAUGAAGUAUGCUACGCUCUAUCAGAGGCUAAUAAAGACAGACGACUUUUAUUCCCUAUUUUAUCACUACUUCAUCCUGAAUCUAAAGGUAGAGUGCGACUUAGGAGUCGCGACCCGGAAGUGAGCCCUUUAAUCUACAACGGUUAUUAUUCAAAUAAAAUAGACAUCGAGAAUCACGCACGAUAUGUGGAAGAUUACUUGAGUGUAGUAAAUACGCCGUAUUUUAGAAGCAUUGGGGCAGAGGUUGUGAACCCAAGGUUACCUCAGUGGUCUUGUGCAAUGGGUCCCGAAGGACGAGGCGUUGUAGAUGAAAGAUUACGUGUCAGAGGUGUUGCUGGUCUUAGAGUUGUGGAUGCUAGUAUUAUGCCUUCCAUAAUAAGUGGUAACCUAAAUGCACCAACGAUAAUGAUCGCCGAAAAAGCCAGUUCAGGCUCUUCGUCGGACUCAAGCAGUAGUGGAAGUACCUCCACAAGCUCAGGGUCUGCUUCCAGUAGUUCAGAUUCAGAUUCCUCGACUUCUGACACCCCAGCAACCACAACAACUAACACAACUCCUGCACCAAAAUCACCUGUUAAAAUAGAAGAAGUUAAAAAGAAAGAAGAACCAAAACCAAGAAGGCCUUCAAAAGCUAAAGUUUCUUCAUCCAGUGAUGAUGAACCACCUAAGCCAACAAGUCCAAAAUCUGCUCCACCCAGAAGACGCAUUUCAGCGAAACCGAAAGCAGCUGCUGCAGUGUUAGCUAAAGGGAAAACUGCUCAAAGAAUGUCUUCUGGAGCUAAAACUCCUAAACCAAUACCUAAAACAAUACAAAAAGCUCCACCAAAGGCUGACACAGGAGCACUAAAGAAAAAGAGUAUUUUCUCACCAGACAACAGUUCGGAAUCAGAAUCAGAGAGCAAAUCUUCUACAACUAAAAGUCCUAAAGCCUCACCAAGACCUAAACGUACUUCUAGAAAGUCUAGUGAUGAGAAAGAUACAUCACCACCAACAACUCGAAACAAUAGUGCAGAUAAUGACGAUUCUAAUUCAAAAUCGGACACUAAUACUAAGCGUAAAAGUGGGAACAGGUCAAGUGGGCCUCCACCUAAGAAAAGUAUUGAGGAUAAAAGUGCCUCAUCAUGUACUUCAAGUCAGUCGUCUGCUGAAUCCAUUUCAUCUGACAGUGACAGUGAACCAUCACCAAAGAAGGAACCAUUGAAGACUGGGAAGACAAAACCUCCAGCUACUAAGGAGAUAAGAGACCAAGCAGCGAAGAGUGGUGAUUCUGGUGACUCAGCAGUGGCCUCUAUGCCAAGGAAGUUGACCCGGUCACUCUCAGCAAGGGUCUCAAGACUGGCUACUGUGUCACGAAGGACAAACAACACAGAUACUGACUCUGAUGAAGAGAAGAGUAAUGAUAAAACGAGCAACAGCACAAGCAACAGUACUAGCAAUAGCAACAAUAGUACCACAAUGAAGAAGAACAUCAGAGGUCGGGGGCCACCGAUCAGGUCGCCAGUGGUACUCCCAUCCCCACAGGAACCGGCCAGGCAGCGGUGUCCUGUACGCGGCUGUGACUCCAGCGGACAUUUGGGCGGUAAGUCAGCGAAGCACAUGACGUUCGAGGCGUGCCCUAUGUACCACAACGUGACGGCGGCGUGGUGCGUGGCGGCGGGCGAGGAGCGCGCGGCGGCGGCGGGCGCGCGGCGCCGCGCCACCAUGCUGCUGCACGCGCGGCCCCGCGCCAUGCCCACGCUCGAACAGCGCGCCUACCAGCUCAAAGUCAAGGACAUGCGCUCAAAAUGGAAAGGCAGUCAAGAAUUACGGGAGAAGCUAGCCGCAUCAGGUAACGAAGAGAUUACGGAAGAUAGAGAGCCAAUACUCGAAGGGUUUGCCCCAGAUUAUGAUUUAAGGCUGUUCCGAGAAGCUCAGGCCUUAGCUGCCAUUAAAAUCGAAGAGGAACUCGGAGAUAUACCUACAGAUAAAGGCACAAGAUACGUGGUGAUGGGUAAAUACAUGAUGGAGGUAUGGUACCAGUCGCCGUACCCUGGCGACGCGGCGCGGGUGCCCCGCCUGUUCGUCUGCGAGUUCUGCCUCAACCACCACAAGAGCGCCACGGGCGCGCAGAGGCACAAGGUCAAGUGUGUUUGGAGACAUCCCCCCGGCGACGAGAUAUAUAGAAAAGACAACCUGAGCGUAUGGCAAGUAGACGGACGGAAGCACAAGCAGUACUGCCAGCAGCUUUGUCUCCUGGCCAAGUUCUUCCUCGACCACAAGACGUUGUACUACGAUGUUGAACCUUUUCUCUUCUACGUCAUGACCAACGCUGACCACGAGGGAUGCCAUAUCGUCGGCUAUUUUAGUAAGGUCGAGGCCGCGGUACCUUAUGACGAUAGCCUCGCAACCCCGCUGAUCAUCAGCCUUGUUGUGCGCCCUAAAUGUGGUGGUGAAGAUGCCAUGGCAUCUCUCUAG